AUGUUGAAAUCUUCAAUAAAUGCAGAAGCUAAGAAGAAGGGAAAGUCAAGAGCAAUAUGCCGUUACAUAUCAGAGAAAUAUGCAAGCCAAGGAAACAUAAAACUAUAUGGGAUAAAUCCACUGGAGAAAGCAUCAAUAGAACAGUGGAUAGAGGCAGAGAGCCAAAGCUUCAAUCCUCCAUUAGGAAGCCUGAGCAAAGAAAAGCUAGCAAAAGUGCUUGAUGUCUAUGACAGAAGACUAGGGGAGAGCCGUUACUUGGCUGGGGAUGAUUUUACCUUAGCUGAUCUCUCUCACUUGCCUAACGCACAGUAUUUGGUGAAUGGUACUGAUGUUGGUGAGCUGUUCACGUCGAGAGAUAAUGUUGGUAGAUGGUGGGAGGAGAUUUCAAGCAGGGAGUCAUGGAAGAAGGUUGUUGAAAUGCAAAGCUCUUCCUUUCCUAAAAGUUAG